UCACACACCUGCUGCGGUUCGGAAGUGCCACGCAGAUUGUUAACGUGUGGUGAACCAAUCUUCUCUAUGUUUUCGGCUCUAUUCCUCUGCCUACAGUUGACGCAACUGCUAGGCAAUGGAUCCUUCUCGCCAGUCGUUCUUGGGGAGGGGGCGGGGCAAGAAACAGUCAAGGGGAGAGCGGGACCGGCCGGGCGGGGGCCAGUGGCCGUCCCGCGGGAGGGGAGACAUGUUCGGCCGCAGCGAUACCAGGGGAGGGGGGCUCGGGCCGGGCAGGGGGCGGGGGGAGAAGGAGGGUUGGGGACAGGACGCCGGCGGGGACAGGCGCAAAUCUGGCGGCCGGGGCAAGAAGCAGAAGCGUUCCCUUGAGCAGGGGAAACAAGGAGAGAGUGAUGAAGCCAAGCUGGAUUAUGAUGCGGCUGUGAAGAAGAUGGAGGCAGCUCAGAGACAGAUGCAGGAAUCGGCACAGCGACAUCUGGACCAGUACCAGGACUCGUCAUCAGAGGAGGAGGAACUGGACAAGGAGAAGAUCCUGACUUCUGCAGUCAAAUCUUAUAACCAGGCACUUGGUUCAGAUGAGGAUGCAGAUUUGAGUCAUGUGAAGCAGCACCUGGUGCAGACAUGCCACUCUGGAGCAGCUGUUUGUCUCAUCUGUAUCGCCACCAUCAAGAGACACGAGCCGGUGUGGAACUGUCGCCUGUGUGCGUGUAUGAUGCACCUACAGUGUAUCCAGCGCUGGGUGAGGGACGGAGUCACACAGACAUCCCUCCUGUCAGACGAACACUUUCCCAACAGGGACAUCCCAUGGCAGUGCCCAAAGUGCAGACACGACUACAGUCAGGCUGAGACUCCCACUAGAUAUUUCUGCUUCUGUGGAAAAGUGGAAGACCCAGAGUUUGACCCGUGGCUGGUUCCCCACUCCUGUGGACAGACCUGUGGCCGUGCUCUCCAGCCAGAGUGUGGUCACAACUGUCUGCUCCUCUGCCAUCCAGGCCCCUGCCCCCCCUGCCCACAGAUGGUGAGGAGUGCGUGUUACUGUCGGAAGAAACCACCUGAACCUCGCAGGUGUGCUGCCCAGAACUGGUCCUGUAGCCAGGUGUGUGGCAGGAAGCUGCCGUGUGGCCUGCACACCUGUGGACAGCUGUGUCAUACAGGAGAUUGUCCCCCCUGUAGGAAGGAGAGUGCCCAGCCCUGUCAGUGUGGGCAGAAGUCAUCUGUCCGGCCGUGUGCUGAGCCUACAUGGCAGUGUGACAAGGUGUGUGGAAAGCCUCUAAGCUGUGGUUUCCAUACUUGUGAAAAGGUGUGUCAUGGUGGAAGUUGUGGUCCCUGUCCCAGGACUGGGCAGAGAACCUGUCCCUGUGGGAAGACAGUGUAUUCUGAUCUGUCUUGUACUGAGGAUGCACCAACAUGUAUAGAUACUUGUGGGAAGGACCUGGCAUGUGGUAGUCACAUGUGUACGGACAAGUGUCACUUUGGUCCUUGUGGACAGUGUUGGGAGAUGGCAACUAAAACUUGUCGGUGUGGCCAGCGGAAGAAAUCCCUGCCGUGUAACAAGGAGUACCUGUGUGAGACCAGGUGUACCAACAUGCGCAGCUGUCAGCGCCAUCAGUGUCGCAGGAAGUGCUGUGAUGGUCAGUGUCCACCCUGUGACCAGAACUGUGGCCGAACCCUGAACUGCAGAAAUCACAAGUGUCCAACAAAAUGUCAUCCAGGCCAGUGCUACCCGUGUAAUGAGACAGUGGACAUCUCCUGUCACUGCGGCUCGACUGUCGUCACGCUGCCCUGUGGGAGGAAGAAAGGCGCCAAACCUCCCAAGUGCAUGCAGCCAUGCAGACAGCCCCCAGACUGCCACCACCCCCAGCGCGUGCCCCACCCCUGCCACGCUAACGACUGCCCCCCCUGCCGACUGAGGUGCUGUCUACCCCUGCCUGGCUGUUCCCACGUCUGUCCUCACCCCUGCCAUACUGCUGUCAAGGUGUUACAGAAGCCUCAGGGGAAGCGUGCCGGACCAUGGGAGCCUGAACUUCGGCCAGUCCUGACAGUGGUCAAGUUCGACUGUCCUCCCUGCCAAGUACCGCUUCCUGUACAAUGUGUGGGAGGCCAUGAGAUCAGCCCCCUGCCCUGCAGCCAGGCCAGGCCCUUCCCCUGCGGACGCCCCUGUGGGCGGAGACUCACCUGUACCAACCACACCUGUCAGAAGAUAUGUCAUCUGGUCACCAUCGUUGGGGAAGACCCAUCGCAGGCUGGUCCGGAGUGUGAGGUGUGUGAGGAAGGGUGUACUAAGCCCCGUCCUGAGGGAUGUGUUCACCCCUGUCUGCGCCCCUGUCACCCCGACGCCUGCCCCCCCUGCGGACAGAUGGUGCGCCAGCCCUGCCACUGUCGGAUCAUCCAGCUCUUCAUCGAGUGCAGCAAAUGGACAGAUGCCAAUGACAAUUCAAGACAAGACCUCCUGAGCUGUCAGAGUCCCUGUCCCAAACUGUUGUCGUGUGGACACCAGUGCACCCAGCUGUGUCAUGCCGGGGACUGCCCCGGGGCAGAGAGCUGCAACCGUAAAACCAACAUCCGCUGUCCCUGUCGCAGGAAGAAAAAGGAUGUGCGCUGUAGUGCCCUGCAGAAGGGAGAAGUUACAUUGGAAUGUGACGACAUCUGCCAACAAGUCAAGGAGGAAAAACAGAAGGCGGCUGAGCAAGAAAAGGAGAAACAUAAAGAAGCCGAGAAGCAAAAACAACAGGAAGAACUGGAGGAGUUCCAACGUAAGAUGAACAAGAGGCGACGACAGAGGAAGCAGCGAGAGGAAGUUGAUGAAAAGAUCCCGUGGUACAGAGACAAGAAGAUUCUCGCACUUCUGGUCUCCAUGGUUACCGUGCUCGUCUUUGCCAUCGUGUAUCAAGUCGCUUUCGACUGAUAAAUAUGCAUUGGUUAGAACAGAAUUUUCCUUAGGAAAAGUGUGAUUAAAAUUUAAAGAACAGUGAACGAUAUGUUUGAACUUCCAUUUCAUUGUUAAUUUGUUAGACUUAGAGUCUGUCACAAGGGCCAUGCCAAUAUAGGCUUUUUUAUGGUUAUAUGACAUAAUGAAAGCAAUACUGUUAUCGUGAUAUAAAUUGGGGCAUAUUAGUGGUUUGCUUUCCAAUUUUAUACAAUGUACUUUGACCUACUUAAAAAACUGUAGUUGUUGCAAAUCGGUUCAUCAUUUGCCUGUCAUGUAUCAUAAAUAAAUAAAGGAAGUUUAAGUACAUUGUACAUCAACAAGAUAGAAACACAAUAACUUACAUGUUGAUCGAUGUUAAGUGAUAGUUGGCUAUGUGUUAUUGAAUACUAUCUCUAAGACUUGUAACAUUGAUAUAUGAUGACAAAUAUGUGUCUGUAUGUUUAAGUUAUGAGAUAACUUUUUAUGUAAUUGAAGGAAUAAAGAAAAUGUUCCUGAUGUUUUGAAUGCUGUUUUCUGCUUGUGUGAAGUGGAACAGUACUUCACUCAUGAUUAAGAAUUAUCACAGGAAAUCUCCAACUUAGUGCUAUGGUCUCAAGCACAUGGGAGAAGGAGACUUGGAAGACUC